GCGGGCGGAGCUUCUCCCGGCGGCGCCCAAUCGCCGCAGAGGCUGGAAGGAAGGAGGCACAUCAAAGAGAGAGGGGAGAUCAAAGUCCUUCUUGGCGGCUCCUUCUGCGCGGAGACAAAAGCAGGGCAGGGAGAGGGCGAGCAGCUGGAACAGCUGGACUGAGGGGGGGGACAGUUUUUGCUCGCCCCCACACGCAGCCAGGGUACCUGCCUGGGGGCGGGUCUGGGCUAGACCCCCCCAAUAGGCGCGGAAGGGCUGCCUCAAGAUGGGGGAAGCCCCUUUGGGACAAGGCAGCCAUUGAGCGGCUUGACCUCCUUCAAACAAACCGCCCCUGCUCCAUCCUUUUAGGCCUCCUCUGCCAGCCGCCUAAGGCGUCAUUCGAGACCGGGGGAGUAGAGGGGGCGGCCACCCCGGAAGCUGCUCGGAUGUGGGAGACUCUGCCUUGUCCAGGAAGACCAAGAGAAGAUGCUGAUAAGGAGCAAAGGAUGAGUGAGGAACUGCUGAGGAGGACAGCCGUGGAGAGGGAGAAAAUUGUCCAGGAAUGGGAGGAUCUUUGUGGAUUUCUGGAAGAGCAGAAGCAGCACUUGAUGAGGUGGCUCGAAGGCCUGGCCAGGGAUAUUGGCAGGAGAAGGGAGGAGAGCCCAUCUGCAGAGAUCCAUCUGCGUAGCAAAGUGGGAGGUGUGAAGGAGCAAUUUGAAUGCCUGCAGGCUCUCCGUAGCUCCAGCGGUAGGAAAGAGACUGCGUUUCCAGCAAGGCAAGGCUGCUUCCUGGAAGUGGAGCUGAGGCUUUGCCGUUUCUCUGAGAGGAGGAGCACCAUCUUGGGGGAGGCACUGAACCGCUUCAAAGAGUCCCUGAAGAUGGAGCUGGAAAACCUAACAGCUUCUCCAUUGCUUCCCAAGCCACCUCUUAAAGCCUCCAGAACUCCCACCUCGUUUGGCUUGGAAGCAUUUCCUCUGAAGCAAGGUGAAAUGGAAGCAGAUAUGGUACAGGUGGCUCAGAAUCUGCUGAUGUUUGAGGAUGUGGCUAUACAUUUUACAGAGAGCGAGUGGGCCCUUCUGGAUGGCCCUCAGAGAACUCUCUACAAGGAUGUCAUGCGAGAGAAUUAUGAGAAUACAACCUCUCUGUUUCUGGCCAUCACUAAACCUGACGUGAUCUCUCGGCUGGAACAAAUGGAUGAGCUGCAGGCAAUGGAUUUCCACAGUCCCGAGGAAAACAUGAGAAUCAUCGCAACCCCUGGUGCGUCUGCUUACACGGAGCAAGGGAAUGAUCUGUGGGCUGAGGAUCUUCAUAGGAUGGAAGGAAAUACUCUCAGUGAGCAAACAGGAUUUGCUGAGAGACUGAGAGAGAACAAAGAGAAGGUUCUUCAACCAGAGAAUUUUCAGCUGGUGGGGCCACACUGGACAUUGCUGAGAAGUGCUGAAGAGACAAUGUCCCAAUCCCAUGAAAAGAAGGAAGCCCCUGAGAUUCUUCAAGGAUCAGAUAAGCCACAGAGAAACCACUCUGGGGAGCAGCCACCAGACUCAGUUAUUUGCAUGGGCAAGAAUGUGGCUAAUGCAAAUACAGGGCAGCUGACCCAAGAUGUUUGUUCUGUGUGUAGGAAGGGGUUUGACAACAGAGCAAGUCUGGUUAGACAUCAGAGAAUCCCCACAGGCGAGAAACCAUACACUUGUGCGGAUUGUGGGAAAAGCUUCAACAAGAGAUCCAAUCUUAUUACCCAUCAGAGAAUCCACACAGGAGAGAAGCCGUACAGAUGUGUAGAUUGUGGGAAAAGCUUCAGCUUGAGCUCAAGCCUUGUCAGACACAAGAGGAUCCACACUGGGGAGAAGCCCUACCAGUGCUCUGUCUGUGAGAGAAGCUUCAAUCAGAAGCCUUCCCUCAUUGUGCAUGAGAGAACUCACAAGCGCGAGAAGCCGUACAAGUGUUCAGUGUGUGAAAAAAGCUACAGUCACAUUACGAGCCUUAUUGCUCACGAGAAAAUCCACAGAGAAGAGAAGCCGUACAAAUGUGUGGAGUGUGGGAAAAGGUUCAGCUUCAGAUCACAGCUGAUCACACAUCAGAGAAUCCAUGUGGAAGAGAAGCUGUUCAAGUGUUCAAUUUGUGAGAGAGGGUUCAGCCGGCCCUCGAGCCUCAUUGUACAUGAGAGAAUCCACACAGGAGAGAAGCCCUACAAAUGCACAGAGUGUGACAAGGGCUUCCCCUCAAACUCUAAUUUGGUUAGACACCAGCUAACCCACAUGGAAGAGAAGCCAUGCGGAUGUGCGGAUUGUGGGAAAAGCUUCAGUCCAACUUCUGUUCUCCAGAGGUUCCAUACUGGGGACAAACUGGUUAAGUGUGCAGACUGUGGAAACCAGAUCAGCUUGAGUCCAAAUGGUUUUUCAGAACAGUCACUUCCCAAACGGGAGAAAACCUUUGGUGGACAAAACGGCAUUCAGCACAGUGAUAUUCAAGGUGUAGAUUAUGCAGCAGUGCACACAGAGGGCAGCGUUUUCAGAAAAAGUGCACCACCUCUACCUUAUCAAAUCCACUACAUAGGAUGGGAGUGAAAUAAAGAGGUCAUUGUUGCAUGCUGCUCAGGGCUGUUUUGUAGUCCAAAACAUCUGGAGGGCACCAGGUUGGUGAAGAUUGUCUUGAUAUGCUUGGGGUAUGUGUAAAACAAGCUAUGUAUCGUGGGUCCUAUUGUAAAUAUAUUUAAUUUUCAGGAAAAUAUUCUUGGUAGAUGAAAAAAUGUUUUCUCCCUGGAGAAAUCCAGUUUGGUCCAUCUCUGUUCUGGAGUUAUUAAAACUGCUGGGCAACUUCAA